AGACAGUUGGGAUUGAGAAGUUUGGAGCUAUUGGACAAUGAGUGGUUGGUUGUUGAACAGCUACAAGAUGUACUGAAGAUUCUGAAGGAUGCAACAUUGUUCUUUUCUCGGUCAACACCCAACCUCACCACAGUCAUCCCAGCGAUGGAUCUGAUUGACAAGAAGCUCACAACUCUCUCUCUGGAUGAGAAAUUCCUCCCAUCAAUUCACACUGCUGUUGGACUAGCUAAAAAAACUUUAAAUCACUACUAUGAAUUAAUGGACUGGUCUGAAGUCUACAGAAUUGCAAUGGUUUUACACCCUCGGCACAAAUUGGCAUACUUCAAGCUCACCAAAUGGACAGAUGAGUGGAUUCAGAUGGCC